CUUUUCUUCUGUAGAUGGUGUUUAUCCCUUGAGGGCUCUGGAGUGAUGCUGCAGGGAUGCCAGCAGCAGGCACUGCAUGGUGUGCAGCAUCUGAGGCAAUCAGCCCCUCGAGUGAGGCCCCUCUGAAAGGAGCUGUGUCCCUCAGGUGUUGGAGCACUGUUAAAACCACACAAACUUGAGGCAGAAAGCUGAUGCUGAGCACACUGCCCUUUCUGUGAGGGUGAAUUGAAAGCAUGUUUUAAUCAAACGAGAGGAAUUAACAAAAUACACACCCAGAAGCCAUUCAGGACUCUAUCUAGGUCUUAAAAAUCACCAAGAUCAUAAACAAAUUAGUCUGCUUUCUCCUUCCUUGGCUAUCAGAAAGAAGUUCUGUGCCCUGCUCUGAGAGCUGCCAUGAUUUCUCCAGAAGUAAUGUGUGUCUAUAGGGUCUGUAGAAGAGAUCCAGGGGACGUGGUACUUUCUGGAAGGGCCUCUGGGUGGGAAGCACGUCUCCAGCCCCGCUGGGCAGCUCUGUGAGGUGGGCUGGGAGGGGCCCUGCUGAGGGCAUGGGUGUUCCUGGGGCACCAUCAUGGGGCACAGAACUCCUCUGGAGAACCCAGGAUGCUGCCUCUGAUGUGGGGGUCAUGGAUGGGCCGAGCACGUGAGGACAUGGCACUGCUGCUCUGCAGAGCUGCCCUGGAGUACCCGCGGGGCCCGGUGCCCACGCUGUGGAACGAGCCGGCCGAGCUACCCUCCGGGUCCGGCCCCUAUGACGCCGCCGCCACCACCGCUCGGCUCUCGGACGCCACCGCCUUCGCCCCGUACACCUCCGAGCUGGAGCCCGAGGACACCACCCACCUGCACCGGCUGGAUGCCGGGGACGGCUCGCUGGGGCCCGGAGCUAUCGGUGCCAUUGUCAUCGCGUCCCUUCUGGGUACAUCUGUGCUCGUGGCCUUAGUUGUCAUCACGCUGAGAAAGUUCUCUACUUCCUGAACUCAAUAAAACAUUUCUGUACCAUAA